UCAUGUGUAUGUCAAUGGACAAUCCGAAGCAAUGCGCGUGUGUAACGAUGGCUCCGUUAUUUAGCUCAACUUUAAAUUCUAAAUAGCUUCAAGAAUUUCGCGCUAAUGUAUGUUGCUGAAUGAAUGUGAUAUUUCAGUAAGACAAAAUCGCUGUUGUCAGGAAACACUUCCUUAAAAAUCAGAAGCUGUAUUAUUCAAGAUGCAAAGCAGAGAGUUGUUCGUUUCAGCACCUGGGAAAGUAAUUCUCCACGGUGAGCAUUCUGUCGUGCAUGGAAAGGUUGCCUUGGCUGUGAGUGUGAAUCUGCGCACAUACCUGCGGCUGCAGUCCACGUCAUCUGGUGAAGUGUGCAUCAACCUCCCCAAUAUUGACACUUUUCUGUCCUGGGAAAUAACUGCAUUGCAGCCUCUACUUGCUGGCUCUAAAGCUGAGCAGAGGGACCCCAAGGAACUUGAUGCAAAUCUUUUGAAGAAACUCAGAGAAUUCACUGGCAUUUCAGAUGAUUCCACAGACACAAGGAGCAUGGCAGUGUUGGCUUUCCUCUAUAUGUACCUCACUGUUUUUGCAGAGUCUUUGGCCAGUAUCACAGUGACCGUGUGGUCAGAGUUGCCCACAGGAGCUGGCUUAGGCUCGAGUGCUGCCUAUAAUGUUUGUCUGUCUGCUGCAUUGCUGUCUGCUAGAGGAAACAUAUCGCCUCCGCUUAUGGCUCAGCAGGAGGCUGCCAGGUGGAGUAAAAAUGAGAUGGAGCUGAUUAACAGGUGGGCGUUCAUGGGUGAGAAGAUCAUUCAUGGUAACCCUUCAGGGGUGGACAAUGCUGUUGGCACAUGGGGUGGCUUCUUAAGAUAUCAUUCUGGGAAUAUAACUCCAUUAAGCUGGGUCCCCAUUUUGAGGAUCCUUCUCACUAACACCAAAGUACCACGUAGCACCAAAGUGCUUGUUUCUGGAGUGAAGGACAAAAUUAACAAGUUUCCCUCUAUAAUGAAGCCAGUUCUGGAGUCAGUGAGCGCAGUGUCCUGCACCUGUGAACAGACACUCACUGAGAUGGCUGAACACGGACCUUCAGCUGAGCACUACAACAUACUCGAGCAGGAGCUGAUUGAUAUAAACCAGCAUCAUCUGAAUGUGAUGGGUGUGGGUCACUCAUCUCUGGACACACUGUGUAGAGUCACUCUGUCCAAAGGGCUACACAGCAAACUGACCGGGGCAGGAGGAGGAGGAUGUGGAAUCACUCUUUUGCGACCAGAGACUGAUACUUCAGUGAUUCAGAGCACCGUUGAGGAGCUAAAGGCCUGUGGGUUUGACUGCUGGGAGACCAGUAUCGGUGCUCCUGGUGUACAACAACACUCUUCUGCUGCUCUCAGUCCAGAUGUGCUGAAGAUCCUCAACAGCUAUUGACAUACAACAAAACACCCUGUGCUUAAGGCAUUGUUUUUACCAUUACCACAGAUGCUCAUUGCUGCUGUUACUCUGGAUCCAGAUUCACAAAACAGUAUUCAUGAUCAUAAUGUAAUAUUUUAUAAAAAUGUUUAAAAAUUUAUCUGAACUUAGUGUAAUUAAGAAAUAUAUUUUAUUAUUACAAUCAGAGGGCUUAUGCAUUACGGAUGCUAUUCUUCACUUAGCAAACUCAGUAAGGAUUUAUGUGCCACUAGAUGGCAGCACAAUCUAAGGCACAUAUUUAAUACUGUCAGUUUUAGACAGACUGUACCAAGUGCAUAUAAUAGCUGUUUUAAUUAAAUUAAUUAAAAAAUAUAUUUAAUAAAGUCAAUUC